GAGUAGUGGUGGUGGUAGUGGUGGUGAGUGGAUGUGAAUGUUGCUGCUGGUGGUUGUGAUGGCAGCGAAGGUGAUGAUGGUGUUUCAUCAAAAUGGGCACCGCGACGUGUAGCAGCAGUAGCAGCAGCAACAGCGGCGGCGGCGGCGGCGGUGUCGGCGUGAAUUUGUAAUCUCGACAACGACGUCUGGAACGUCUGCGGCGACGACGACGACGAAGGAGAAGAAAGGGAGGAGGGGAGGAGGGAAGAGAGCAGCGAGAGAGAGAGCGAAGGGGGGGGGAAAGGACGACCAACGCAGACUUGGAUGACGACCAUUACGUGCGAGUGGAUGUCUUCUUGUUGAAAGGAAGGAGCAGCGGGCCGAGGAAGGGAAGGGGGAGAAGGCGGCGGCGUGUUUUUGUGGCUAUUUUGAAGAGAUUUAUCGUGGGUUGGUGGGUUUUUUUUGGUGUGUUUUUUGGAAGAUCCUCCGCGAUACAUACCCACGCACACGUACGUGCGUGUACACGUAUUUCUGCGUGCGCGCGCGCGUGUGUAUGUAUAUUUAGACAGUGCAUACAGUAUAUAGUGUAUUGAAGAGUGUCAUCAGAAGAUUUAAAUAGCCCUACAGAGCUCGCCGUUGACACCUCUCCAACAAACACCACCCACCCCCCCCCCCGGAUCCAAUGAAGAAGACCAAGCGACCUGGGCAACGGGUGGUGGUGGUGGUGGUGGCCGCCGCUCUGCCGGGCCCCUCUGGGCUCAUGGAGACCCACAAGGACACGGGGGAUGGAGGAGGAGGAGGAGGAGACGACGGUGGUGGUGGUGCUGGUGGAGGAUGGAUCGGCAACAGCCACGGCGGCAGUAAAAGAAGGGGACCUCUUUACGUCGCCUUGCUUGUGCUGCUGCUCAUGGUCUUAGCCAACGUGGAACCCAGCUCCGGAGAAAUCUGUGGAAGCAUCGAUAUCCGCAACAACAUCACCUUGCUGCAGGAGCUAGAGAGCUGCACCAUCAUUGAGGGCUAUCUACAGAUAGUGCUGAUAUCCAAUACGAGGACAGAGCAUUUCCGAGGCCUCAGUUUCCCACGGCUGAACGUCAUCACGGAGUACCUGCUCCUUUACCGCAUCUCUGGCCUGGAGACCCUCCGAGAGCUCUUCCCCAACUUGGCCGUGAUCCGAGGAACGCGGCUCUUCUUCAACUACGCCCUGGUCGUGUACGAGAUGCUCAGCCUCAAGGAGAUCGGCCUGCCCAGCCUCACCAACAUCACGCGCGGCGCCGUGCGCGUCGAGAAGAACACGGACCUCUGCUACCUCACGACCAUCGACUGGUCCCUCAUCCUGGACUCGGAGGAGAACAACUACAUCAAUGGGAACAAGCCCGACCGGGAGUGCAGCAACAUCUGCCUGGGGUCAGCGGUCACUGGCGUGGCUACGGGGUCAAGUCACGGCUCUGGUGCGUCUUCGCACGGGUCAGCUUCUGGGACGUCCCAGUGGGACCCGUGUCCUCACACUUCCUUCAAUGGGCGAAACAUCUCACGCUGCUGGACAUCAGAGCACUGUCAGCUAGUGUGCCCACCGGAAUGUGGUCGGCGGGCGUGCACCAAAUCGGGCCAGUGCUGCCACGAAGAGUGCUUAGGUGGCUGCCACCAAGCGGGCAGUGAACAUCACUGCCUGGCGUGUCGCCACUACUGGCACAAGGGCAUCUGUGUUCUGGAUUGCCCACUGGGCACCUAUCGCUACGAUGGCUGGCGCUGCGUCACGGCGGAAUUCUGCCAAGCGCCCUACGACUACUCCACGCAGAACGUCCUGCAUCACGGAGACUGCCUGCCAGACUGUCCUUCUGGCUACAUUCGCAAUGUCACCAGCAUGACUUGCACCAAAUGUGAUGGUCCCUGUCCAAAAGUGUGCAAGUAUGGGAACGUCAACAUCAACUCGCUCACAGCGGCGCAGGAGCUGUACGGAUGCACCGAGCUUGAUGGGAACUUGACUAUCGACAUCCGCGGUGGAAACAACAUUGCAGCAGAGCUGGAGACAAACCUGGGACUGAUUGAGAUGGUGACGGGUUAUGUGAAGAUCAAGCGCUCUUCAGCCCUUGUUACCCUUGCCUUCCUCAAGAACUUAAGGAUAAUCCGUGGAGAUAUGCUGGACGAAGGAAAUUACUCAUUCUACGUUCUGGAUAAUCAGAAUCUGCAGCAACUUUGGGACUGGACCAAGCAUAAUCUCACAGUGUUACGCGGCAAGCUCUACUUUGCCUUCAAUCAUAAGCUGUGCAUGUCAGAGAUUUACCGCAUGGAGGUGGUGACCGGCACUUACGGCAGGCAGAGCCGCACUGACCUCAACCCUAAGGAAAACGGCGAUCGCACCUCAUGCGAGAGCAAAUUCUUGCGGUUUACUGGCAAUGAAACUUCGUCAGAUAAAAUUAAACUGGAAUGGUAUCACACCUGGCCCAAAUAUGACCGUGACCUGCUCAGCUACACGGUGUACUACAAGGAAGCGCCCUUCAAAAAUGUGUCGGAGUUUGAUCAGCAGGAUGCCUGUGGAUCCAAUAGUUGGACAGCUCGGGAUCUGGAGUUCAGGGCUGGCCUGAAUCCACAGGAGAUGUCCAAUCCCAGCAUCAUCCUGCUGUCUCUGAAGCCCUGGACUCAGUACGCGAUCUUUGUGCGUGCUUUCACGCUCACCACCACUUCUGGGGACAUUAACAACCAAGGUGCCAAGAGCGAAGUGGUGUACAUACGCACCAAGGCCAACGCUUCUUCGAUUCCCCUGGAUGUGAUCGCUGGCUCAAACUCGUCCACCCAACUGGUGGUCAAGUGGCGGGCGCCCGCGUACCCCAACGGAAACGUGACUCAUUACAUCGUCCGCUGGCAGCGACAGCACGAAGAUCCUGAGCUGCGCAAGCACGACUAUUGCAACAAAGUUUUGAAGGUACCUCGACGGGAGCCCGCAACAAGCUCGAUCGACAUGGAACCGGGCGCACGGGGGAACCAGUCGGAGCUGGACACCAGCCUGGCUCCUGAGAAAUGCUGUGCAUGCCCCAAGACCCAGGCGCAGCUGCGCCAGGAAGCCGAGGAGGCUCAGUUCAUGAAAACCUUUGAGAACUUCCUGCACAACCAGAUUUUCGCCACCAGGCCUGAUCGUAAACGACGGGACAUGUUUGGGACGGAUAACACCACGGACAGCGGAAACAGCACCUCUUCUUUGAUCGGUUCCGAAGAGGUCAUUCCCACUCCGGUAGUCUACACCUUUGCCGAAGAGAUGGUGUUUGGCAAAGAGCGCAUCACCAUCACUGGACUGCGCCACUUCACAGCCUACCGCAUCCAAAUCCAAGCCUGCAACCAUGCCUCCGAGCUCGUGGGCUGCAGCGCCCCAGCUUAUGUGUCUGCUCGCACCCAACCCCACUUUGACGCCGACAACAUUACUGGUCACGUGAAAUGUGAGGUUGUCAAAAACAUCAUCUACCUUCAGUGGAAGGAGCCCAGUGACCCCAAUGGACUUGUGGUGCUCUACGAAGUCAAGUAUCAACGUGACUCGGAGAGCCAGAUUCAGCAGCACUGCGUCUCAAGGAGCUCCUACCGGGAAGGGAAAGGUUUCCAGGUUCGGCAUCUGCUGCCGGGGGAUUACACGGCUCACAUCCGUGCCAUCUCGCUUUCUGGAAAUGGCUCCUGGACCGAGCCAUUUCACUUCCGCAUUCCCGACCCAGCCAAAAAGGAUCCACUGAUGUUGGCCGUUCCGGUGACCAUUGCUGUGGUUUUCAUCAUCCUCGGUGUCGCUAUGAUUGGGUUCUUCUUCAUGAAGAAAAGAAAUGAGGCAGCAGUACCCAAUGGAGUUUUGUAUGCAUCGGUCAACCCUGAGUAUUUCAGCACAGCUGAUGUUUACAUCGCUGACGAGUGGGAGGUGGAGAGGGACAAGGUGAAGAUGAUGCGGGAGUUGGGCCAGGGCACGUUCGGCAUGGUGUACGAGGGCCUGGCCCGCGGCAUCGUCAAGGGCGAGGACGAGACGCGCGUGGCCAUCAAGACGGUGAACGAGACGGCCACCAUGCGCGAGCGUUACGAGUUCCUCAACGAGGCCUCGGUCAUGAAGUCCUUCAACUGUCACCACGUGGUUCGGCUUUUGGGAGUUGUUUCACAGGCUCAGCCCAUUUUGGUGAUAAUGGAGCUGAUGACACGUGGGGACCUGAAAAGUUAUCUCCGGUCUCUGCGACCUGAUGCUGAGAAAAAGCCAACACGGCCCCCAUCAAGCCUGCCGGAGAUGCUGCAGAUGGCGGGCGAAAUUGCCGAUGGGAUGGCUUAUCUCAACGCCAAAAAGUUUGUGCAUCGUGACCUCGCUGCUAGAAACUGUAUGGUGGCGGAGGACUUCACCGUCAAAAUCGGCGAUUUUGGAAUGACACGGGACAUUUAUGAAACCGAUUACUAUCGCAAGGGCGGGAAGGGGCUGCUUCCCGUCCGCUGGAUGUCCCCUGAGUCACUCAAAGACGGUGUGUUCACCACCCACUCGGACGUUUGGUCUUUUGGAGUUGUUCUGUGGGAGAUAGCCACGCAAGCCGAGCAACCAUAUCAGGGCUUAUCCAACGAGCAGGUCCUCAAGUUUGUCAUGGACGGUGGGCUAUUGGUAUUGCCCCCAGCUUGUCCAGAAAGGCUACAAGAGCUAAUUCGCAAGUGCUGGCAGUACAACCCACGCAUGCGACCAACGUUUCUGGAAAUCCUUGACGGGCUUGCCCCUGACCUUCAUCCAUCUUUCCACGAGUUCUCGUUCUAUCACAGCGAGGAGAACAGACCUCCGGAUCACGAUCGUGACCCACCUGGGAUGGAGAUGCAGAGCAUGCAGAGCAUGCAGAGCUACCCCCUCGAUGAAGAAUCCUGUCAGCUUGAGGGGGCAUCACCGAGCAAGUCUCUUUCACCCUCCGAGGUCAGCAGGGCAAGCGGUCGACUCCAUUCUUCAUCUUCGCCCUACUUGGCGGUGGAUAUGAGGGGGACCCCAGAAAAAGGAGGACGGCAACUACUGCAGAAGCAGCAGCAGAAGCAGCAGCAGCAAGUGCCGCAAUCUUUUGAGAAAAAGGGGCCAAUGGUAGAUGUUGAGGUGGCCUUUGCGGGCAUGCCAGACAUGCGGGAGCCUUCCUCUCCAGUCCCUGUGCUUGGUGUUCAAGCGGUGGAUGAGCGAAAUCAGCCAUAUGCACGAUUAGACACCCUCCCAGCAGAGAAGCCUCCGUGUGCUGAAUCAUCGUCUGAGAGCUCGGUGCCAUCCUCUCCUACCGGCUCCGGUUCCGUGUCAUUAUCGCCCACAAAAGCCGGGGUCAACCUACCGUCGCCGACUGCAUCGGGCAACAAACAGCUUCCUUAUGCCCACAUGAAUGGUGGAAGAAAAGAUGGGCGAGCAUUGCCACUCCCUCAGUCAACAGCAUGUUAGCCUGUCCAUUUUUUUUUAUUUCUCACCAAAAAAAAACAAGAGUUUAUCAAGUGCGGCAAUCGUGGAUGCGGGGAAACUCCUAUGUUUUUAUAACUGCCAAUACCAAAAUCCCAGGAGUUGUCUCCUUACCAGGAUUAUUGUUACCACAACAUCAAGUAAUAGUGAUAUGCAACUUUUUUAGCUGUACAGCAAUAUACUCAAUGGGCCACCGGCCCACUGCGUAGUCUGCAGUUUUGGGAUGAAGACAUCAGGGCCCAUCAAGGAGCUGUUGCCCGGCACAACAAUGGUGUGCAGCCUUAAUAAGAAGGAAUAAGAAACCUGAGAGUUUAUUCCAAAAGUGCAGUACCUUAUUUUUGUUGGGCUACUUUGUUGUUGGAAAGGGCAUUGAUCCUUCCAUAACCACCUAUUGUAACAGCUACAUUUUUCAUAACAUGGACAGAAUUAAGGGCUACAGUGUUGGCUCUCUCGUCAUUAAUAGUAGCUACUGUGAGUUGAAAACGUGAUAUAAAGCAAGCAAGGCUGCCCCCAUUGGAUGUUUUAUUUACAAAGGACUGAUACAGUUUUGUAUCAAAUUAUGGUAGAAUUAGAAGUUAAUGAAGAAAGGUAUCUACAGCUGAUGUAUUUUUUAGUGUUAAAGGCAUCAAACUGUAUUUCCUGUAAUGAAACAUGCAUGUGACAUUUGUGUUCUCUGCGUUCCACUUGUUUUUUUUGCCACCAAAAUCUGUUACUUCUGUGAGUUGACAUUUUUCAUAAGACAAUAUAUCCUGGCAUUUACCUAUACUAUUUAUUUUUAGGGACGGGUUUACAGUUAAGAGAAGGAUCAAAUUUAUGACUAUGUAGGGCUAUUUUAUUUUGCAAUAAAAUAGACUGCAAUGAAAUCUGACCAACAAGCAUAGCUGUAAAGAUGUUUUGGGUUUCUUUUUAUUACUUGUUUGGUUUAGUGUCUUGAGACGUCAAGUCGCAUUUUGCCGUGUACAUCAGUUUACACUUGUCACAUAUGUUAUAUCCUGAAUUAAAGGCGUUUUACAGGGCUGUCCCAGCUGUUCCAGUAGGAAUUUGUCAACACAUUUGUGGUGAAGUUUAAAUUUGCGUACUUUCAUUCCAAAUUCUAUGGGAAACUAAAUGCACGUAAACAUUUUCAAGAUUCGAAUUGUUCUUCCAAAGUUGAAGCAAGAGUACUUUUAUGAGAUUAAUUGCCAAGGGCCUGGAAUUGUAUCCGAUCGAGGGAAGAGAUCGUUAAAUUCAGUGUUCUCAUUCUCAGCUGGUUUGCUGAUGUUUAGUCUGAGGUUGGAUCCCCACUUGCCCAUUGCGGGCACAAAAAUAUAUUUGACAGUUGAAAAUCAAAUCAUGAACGAUGAGGUUGAGAAGGGAAAAUGUAUUUUGGUGCCAUGUGGGCUGCCCUCUGUCAUGGUUGAAUGUGCUUUAUUUGUAAAUUGUUAGUAAAAACACUCCCACCGAUGUAGAUUUAUACAUUUAUAGUGAUAUGAAGGUUACAUUAUGCUCCUCAGAAAAGAUGGUGUGUGUGGAGCCAUCAAAAUGUUUUAUUUUCUAGACUGCAGACAUCCUGAGUAGGGUAAUUUCCCUUUCACUUUAUAAUUUAACACUUUAAGAUUUCUGAUAGUAAUAGACUCUCCAUCAUCAAAGGUUGGUUUGGGCAGUCAAUUAAGAAAAAAAGCAGGGUAGGCAUUUCUGAAGAUGACAUUGCUGUAAACGUUUUAAAGUAUUCAGUGUAUUUUCAUUUCAUAUUUAAUUGUGUGCAUUUUCAAGUUCCUUUUUGAAAUUUAGUUAAAGUAUUUUUUUCUUUUAGACGUUCUAGAAACUGUGUCUUGUUAUGUAUCAUCAUCGACUGUCGUGUCUCAAACUAUUAUCUUGCUGCUGGUUUAAAUUUCGUUUUUUUAUUGCAACGUGUUCAUAUACAUAUAUGUAUUUUGUGUGCGAUUAGUCUGUUUUACACGUAGUUGUGUACAGCGAAAAUAUUUUUACUGGAAAGUAGCAGUGAAAUAACUUAAUGAGAUUAGUUUCUUUGAUAAGAUUAUUUUAGACUGCUCUAAACCAACACACUCAGGUCAGCCAUGCUCUGCAGCUAAUAGUACCAAACCGCACCAGCGAAGAAAAAUUCUACCGGUAAUCACCGUCUGUAUAUCUGAAGUUUUUUUUCUCAUUGGUUCUUUUCUAUCAUUAUUAUUCCUUUAAUCAUGAAUUAAAUGUCAUAAUGGAGUAAACCGGUGUUUGCCUGCUACAAGAUUUUUGUUUAGACACAAACGUGUUUUUUGAAAAAGCAGCCAAUGUUUUUCCCUUUUAUUACCUUCACGUCAUUAAAUCCAGGGAGCUAGGGGGGGGGAAUGCCUGUGCUUUCAUUUGUAUAUACUGUACUUGGUCUCUUCUUUGAGAUAUUAAUAUUGAAAAUCCACUGCUAAAUAUUUAAGAUGACAUAUUUUUUCUGGCUUUGAGCUUUUUGCCUGCUUUCUUACCUGCUUUAAACAAAAAAACAAAGUUUGUAUUGUACCUUUUUUGUAAUAUUGAAAAAAAGAAACACGAUUACAGUUCAUGUUAAUUUUUUUUAGGUUAUUUAUUCAGUGGUUAAUUGUUGGGCUGGGCAAGAGGAAUGUCUGUGGACUUUAGCGUCUUCUCAAUAAAUACCUUUUGAUAAUGUACAGCAAGUUUUUUUCCCUGACAAAAAAAAACUAAAAUUGUCUGGCAAUUUCCUUUUUCGCUCUUGUUAAUUUGUUUAGUUUUUUUUAUUAGAAUGCUUACGUUUCAACCUAUGAAAUGCAUUGCAGCCUCAUUAGUCAUGAUUGCAGGACAUUAAGGAAAAAAACUAAUUGAACAUCUUUGCCCACUUGUAUAUUCAGUUACAUGCUUUUGCUGGUACAUUUGUGUUUCAUGGCACGUCUAUUUCAACUCAUCUGAUUCCUUUGUCCCUCUGCCCUUUUGUUAUGCAAUGGUAUUUGUGUUUCCCCCACCCCACUUCUGGACAGUUAACCCAAAAUCUUCCACUCCAUUCAUUUUCGGUGCCAUCAUAUACGCACGCAUGCAUGCACGCGCGUGCCUACAGCUUCAGUGGUUUGUAACACACACACACGCGCCUGUUUUGUGUUCAUGUAUGCGCUGAACUUGUUGCGCACCACCGUACGUAGCCAAACGUGCUCAUCGGAGGGGUGGCGGCGGGGGCAUCAAAACUAAAACUCAAAAAUAUGCACCUACACCCGGCUCCACCUACACCCGGCUCCACCUACACCCGGCUCCACCUACACCCGGCUCCACCUACACCCGGCUCCACCCACACCCGGCUCCACCUACACCCGGCUCCACCCACACCCGGCUCCACCUACACCCGGCUCCACCCACACCCGGCUCCACCUACACCCGGCUCCACCUACACCCGGCUCCACCUUACGCCCGGCCGUAAUCUCUUGGACAGCGAGCAAAGCAGUUUUGUGCUUUCCGGCAAACAAGACCCAGCAUUCAUAUACCUCCGGACACUCUCACCCCGUCCACCCUGGACUUUACAGUAUCUGUGCAGCACACCAUGGGGGGGGGGGGGGGGGGGCUGCCCCCAUUCGCAUUGACGCACACGAAAGUGCAAAUGCGUAGACGUCUACCUCUGUCAAGAUGAUGAGCAUCCAUCCCAGACACCGUCUGGAAGCCAGAGCGCCGAUGCUUGCUCCCCGACACACACAAAUCUGCUGUUUUAGUGUAAGUUUUUUUUACCUCUUAACAGAAAACAAAAAAAUGGUGACCACACCUGAUGCAGGAAAGCCUCUGCCCAGUGCAGGUUGCCAACUCCUGCUUCCGAUAAAAAAAAAAUAUAAAAGGGCCUAAUUUAUUUAUUUUGUACCACACAACAAUAGGUUUUUUUAAUACAAUUGUGCAUAUUUGACUUCCGUCUUUUUUUUUACUUGGUGUGGGGAAGAAAAAAAAAACCUUCCAAAAUAUGCAUACUCGACUCACUGCGAAAACAGUCGUCAUUUGCAAAGAAUAUCUGUGAAUGGACGUGCGCUUUCAGGCUGAAAUAAGAGAGGGCAGGGGGCUCCCUACGUUCCGUUUAUUCCGUUGGACCGGCAUCGUCUGGUUCAUCUACACUUAGGGCAGCUUCAUGUACAGGACAAAAUGCUUACCGAUACAUGUAUUGUUCAAAAGUGACUGCCGCAGAGGGGGUAAAAAAAAAACAUUUCUGGUAAUCACUAUAAUUGUAGUUGUACUUUGGCUAUUUUUUUUUUACAUGACACUUGUACCUUGCUUUGCAUUUCCAGUAUAAUGGUGUAAUCGCUGUAGUGUUUGAAUGUUAUUGGACAAUAUAGAAAAGCUAUCUCCCCCUUUGGUGUUCACGUAUACCGUAUAAACACUGUACACAUGGUUAUGUUUCGCCCCAUUGAAAAAAAAAAAAGCACUUGCAUACUUUUCAUUGUGUUUUGACAUACGAGUGACUCGUGAUCCUGGUGAGUAAUUCGAACGUGAGGACGUAUUAAGUGAGCGUUUUUAUUUACAAAUUGGUGUUCUCUCAUUUUGAAAAGGUUUGCCCUUUAUUUUCUUGUAGGAAGACGUUUCAUAUAAGCAGUCCAUAAUAAAUUUUCAAUGUAAAUGAA